AUGCUUACAGAUAACACUCGAAAGUCUCAGAACGCAGCAUCCCGCCAACCAUCGCAUGCGAAUCCCAUGGCGCAGUUAAAUGAUGACGGUCAACAAGACGUGGAUUGCACAGAGAUCCUAAGCCCACAACCAUUUGCCCCUCAAGGCAAAGGCUUCCUCGUAUCCUCUCUCGAGUCCAGCAACGAGCCCUACACUGCCGAUAAUGCCCAUAUGUCCUCCACCCAAGAAUAUGAAUACAACUCUUCCUCCUCCUCGACCCGUCAUUCAACAAGCGAUGUCUUCGGCCGUGAAAUGGACGAUGACCUAGACCAACUGAAAUCCAGAGCAUCAAGUCGCUCAUCAUUAUCCUCAGUCCCCGCCUCCGUCCUCAUUCACCCGGUCGACAGAAUGAAACAAAUGCCAGACAUGGACAUCCACGAAAAGAUAACCGGCUAUAGAAUAGAAGAGUCCGAGGCUAGCUUCGGCGACUUCAACGACAUCCCGGCUAACAUUCGAACCAUCCGCCAGCGCGAAGCCGCCUUCCGAAAACCAAGUUCCGUCAGGGCGAUGCAGAUGCACACAGAAGAUGAAGCGGACGACGACGAGUAUCUAACUCCCCCGCGCCGACGACAAGGCCUCCGGUCACGGUCACCUGGUCCCUCUCCACUGAAACGAUCACCGUAUUACUCGCCCAAUGCAUCGAAACAACCAAAGACCAGGAAGGAGGCACCGCUCGUGUUGCUGCACUGCAGCCUGCUUCCGCCGUCCAUCCCGGUGCCUGGGGCAUCAGACCCCAGAAACCAGGAUAUCCUGGAAGACGAGCUACCGGCUGAAUACUGGAAACGGUGGCGGCGUCUCCAAGACCGGGUUGGAUCGGGCGUGCUUCGCGAUCGAGGCGUGUUGAUCUCGCACCCGGAGGAUCUAUACGAUAUUCUAGAGGAGCGACUGUUGGAGAGUCUCGAACUGCAACGACCACGUCUGCAUAACGGACACUUCGUGGGUCGGGAGGACAACAGCUCUGGCUCUGGCUCUGAAGGGGAUUUCUCGGAUAUCGGAGAGAGCGAGACGGACGGCGAGCAGGGCGAUGAGUGUCCCGACUGUGGGACCCACGUGCGACACGGCGACAGUAACCGCAAAUGGGAGAUUCGGGUGUUUGCUGCGAAUGGACUGAUGCGCUCUGGGGCGUGGGCUGCUGCGUGGCGCGAUAUGGAGAAGGUUGAUGUCGAGGUCGGGCUUUGGUUGCCUUCUGAUGUGCGCCGUGGUCUGGAGAGGAGACUUGCGGAGGAGCAGAUGGCGGUUGUAGAGCAUGCUCAGAGCCAGAUUCCGCAGAUGCAGAUGCAAAUGCAGAUGUCGCCGCUGGUUGAUAGUGCGCAUCAGGUCCCACCGGAGAUUCUGCAGUCGCCUAGACAGAGCCAUGCUCGCAUGAUCAGCGAUGUGGGGUCUUUCCAGUCUGAUGAGACGACUUCCAGGCAGGUUUUCCCUGAAUCUGGAUCUCGACUCGACCAUAUGUCUGAGUUCAGACAGGAGAAGAAGGAACAUGAGGUUGCUCUUUCGACUCUCUUGGUCAAUUAUAUUCGCAUUCUGGCAGCUGAUAGGCGCAAUAUUGCCCUGAUUCUUCUCAGUGUUUUAGUGGCGUUCCUUGCUUUCGGUUCUCGCCAGCAGCAAAUCCCAAUAUACUCCGAUCUUGGUUCCUUUUCGCUGCAGUCUCCGGAUAUGCCGAGCUUCAGCGUGGCUCCGUCUUUGUCUCCUUCUGUCUCUCUUGCGAGCUCGGUUGGUGCAGGCAACGCACUGGUCGGGGGCUCAGUUGACUCUGUACCGACUGAGUGUGGGGCUGCAAGUGAGAGGGAGGUGAUUUCAAUGUCUGAGAUAGUAAAGCCUGCUACUCUGACUGUCAGCUCUCCUGGUUCUCAUUCUCAGCCUACACAAUCUUUAGAGCCUGCAGAGACUACGGCGCCACUCCAGCUGCUGGAGGAUUCCCAGGCUCAACUCGAGGAGGCAGCGGAUUCUUCUUCAUCUGCUGUCCCUAUUGAAUCCCCCAUUAUGUCUUUGGAGCCCACGGAGCCUGUAGAGACCACAGAGUCUCAGCUUGAGGGAAACACCGAUACUUCUUUGGAUAGCACUGUGGAAUCUGCUGUUGUGUUUCCAGAAUCCUCUCCUUCUCUCACUGACUCUGUCGAGUCUUCCAUUUUGUCGGAUGUGUCAGUGGAGAGUGUACUCCCUGAGUCUGAGGACAACGCACAGAUCUUGUUGGAUGACACUGUCGACUCCCCUGCCGCGUCUGCAGAGCCCUCUCCUUCCUCAACUGAGUUCGAUGAAUCUCCUGUUCUGUCGGACAUGCCUGCAGACAAUGAGAAGCCCCAGCAUGAGAGCGAAGCAGAACUUUCUUUGGAUGACACUUUUGAACCUCUCGCUAUCCCCGCAGAGCCUUCUGCUCCCACUGACUCUAUUGAGUCUCCCGUUCUGGUCAAUUUGGCUACGGAGACUGCACAGCCUGAUACUCCAGGCGAAAACGAAGAACAAAACGAAGAAGACGAACAAACAGAUUGA